AUGAAGACUUCUCAAGUUCCCACUGCCGGCCUCCUGGUCACCCUCUCGGCUCUCCUCCAAUCCACCACCGGAAGCCCGAUCAACACCAAUGAACCACCUGCUAUUAUCAUUGCUAAUCCGUCACCCCCAUCUUACAGCCCGACCGUCGUCGAAGAUGGCCAGACAAUCUACGUCCCGAUCCCCACGGAGACCAAACCUGACAACGACAUGUCGAUCAUGGCUCGUCAAGAUCAACGCAUGACCAACGUCCCAAUGUUCUACGAUGACAAGGUCACAACUUCCCUGCCUUCAUGCACCAUCAACCAAUACGUCCUCAUCCCCGCACCGGUUUACCUCCCUCGGCACGGCUUUUCCAACUCAGGCAAGUCAGGCCUGAUGGCCCUCAACCGACCGGAGGAUGACCCUACGAUCAAGACUGGCAUGACGAUCCCUGGUUAUUACAACAACCAGUACAUUCAAACUGCUAUCGAGGAAUGCAAGACAGAAGGCAUCUUCUACCACCCCAUUGCGAUGGAUAUGUCAGUCAGCUUCAACCACGUAGCCGAUAUCGUGUAUGCAACCAGCACGACCACCGCUGAAAGCGUAGCCAGCACGACCACCUCUUCAGUCUACGUUUCCGAUACGACGAUCCUCGUGGAACCACCGAUGAUGCCACCCAUGAUGUCUCGCCGCAUGUGGGAAGAUGAACCAGAAGAGACAUCUACUUACUCUGGACAGCCCUGGGAAGACUACUCGUCGACGACAACCGAGACGUCUACGAAAUCAUGGGAAGAUUACACCUCAUCGACCACCGAGAAACCCAGCAAGUCAUGGGAAGAUUACUCUUCAACAACCACCGAGGAAGCCUCCAAGUCCUGGGAAGACUACACCUCGUCGACCACCGAAGAACCUUCGAAGUCAUGGGAAGACUACUCCUCGACAACCACCGAGAAGCCCAGCAAGUCAUGGGAGGAUUACACCUCAACGACGACCGAAGAACCCUCGAAGUCAUGGGAAGACUACACCUCAUCGACAACCGAAGAACCCUCGAAGUCAUGGGAAGACUACACCUCGUCGACGACCACCGAGAAGGCAUCCAAGUCAUGGGAAGACUACACCUCAUCGACGACUACCGAAAAGCCCAGCAAGUCAUGGGAAGACUACACAUCGACGACGGAGGAACCUUCGAAAUCAUGGGAAGACUAUACAACCUCGACUACCGAGUACGAGAAGCCGUCCAAGACCUGGGAAGACGCCCCGAAAGAGACUGAGGAACCUGAGUAUCCUUGGGAAGAUGCUCCCGAAGAGGACGAUGAGGAUGACGAAUGGGAAGACAGUCAGUGA